GUCGUUGCUACACUACGUUAGGCGUGUCAAGCAAUUGCAAGCAAUACUGAAUAAUAUUGGCAAUGGAAUUCAGAAGAGUUAGUGUCCUUUGAACAUCAAGCAGUCAAUAGAGCUGCACCCCAUGAGGAAAUGAUUUUUUGGAAUACGAUAAUCAGAAAUAGACAUCGAACAGUAUGAUUCGGUAUCUUUGGUCUUUGGUGUGUUACUUCUUUAGGCCUUGGAUAAAAUGGUUUCUUCGCCAAACUACGCAAAUGUGCGAGCUUCAAAGAAUUUGCUAUGGGGAACCUUCAGGAGCACCUCGAGCUUUGGCCAUAGAAGAUUCCUUGAGACAUUCUCGCGAUGCAACCAUCAAGAAACUAUUGAUUUAUCUAGAUGACAUUAGCGACAAGUGUGAAAUUACCAUAGAAACUGAACAAGAGGUUCUACAAGAAGUCAUUAAAACUGUUCUUUUGACUAAGAAGAUAAAUCCUGUGGCACAUCCUGACUUUGCCAAGUCCUUUGGCAAAUGCAUUGAGCUUAUUUGGGGAUACCGUCAGUUGUGUGUAGAAUGUGAAGAACUUAGAAAAAUACCCUAUGAUGCAGAAAAUCCAGAACAUGAAGCAUUGUUGAUGAAGCUUUGGGACUCGUUGAAUCCUGAUGAAAUCUUAACCUCCAGAGUAUCAAAACAGUGGCAGCACAUUGGAUUUCAAGGUGAUGACCCCAAAACAGACUUCAGGGGAAUGGGAAUACUGGGGCUCAGCAACCUUAUUUAUUUUGCUCAGGAAUAUUCUGGAACAGUGAAACAGGUGUUACUACAUUCCUUACAUCCUCGCUAUGGCUAUCCAUUUGCCAUUGUUGGAAUAAAUCUGACUAGUAUGGCAUUGAGGUUGUUACGUGAUGGUUCAGCAAAGACUCAUAUAUAUAAUUCAUCAAAAACAUUACCAACAAUUCGUGCCUUUCAUCAUUUUUAUUGUUGUCUCUUCUAUGCAUUUGAUGGAUUUUGGAUGCAGUCAAAGCCUAACAACAUGAUGGAGUUUUCGUCUGUUCAAGAGAGAUUUGAGAGUAAUAUCAGAGCAACCCUUGCUAGUCCUACAACUGUAUUCAGAUUGAAUGUGUCAGUGGAUAACGUGUAGCAAAUGUUCUAACUUAAAGUUUUACAAGCAGCCAAAAUCGUAUUGGGCUAUUUAAGUAUCACACAAUUUUUCAUUUACGAUUUACGAAAUGUAUAUCAGUGUGAAAAUGAGGUUCACAUAUGAUUUUAAGACCAAAUGUAUAUUUAUGUUUUAAGUCACUAAGGUCUGUAAGGUGACGAUAUUUGUAAGCUUGCAAUUAGUGUUUAUAUC